AUUUCUUCGUUUCGGAUCUUACGUUUGUCUUCCUUUCAAGCUCAAAGGAAAAAUGCUCGUAAAAUCACUCUUGGUGCUGGCCGCCACUCUUGGAGCUGUUGCCGCUCAUCCUCUCGAGAAGAGACAACAACCCGAUGCUGUUGAGACUCCUGAUUUGGAUCUCCAACCUUUGCACUGGGGUGAUGUGAACUUCAUCCAAACUACUGACACCCACGGUUGGCUGCAGGGACACGUGUUGCAACCGCAAUACAACGGUGACUUGGGUGAUUUCUACUCUUUCGUGGUUCGCAUGAAGGAGAAGGCUCGCAAGAUGAAGAAGGAUUUGUUUGUCGUUGACUGUGGUGACACUCACGAUGGCAAUGGUCUUAGUGACACAACUCAACCCAAGGGAAAAGAAACCCAACCUUUGUUGAAGAAAAUCCCGUAUGACAUCCUUUCUAUUGGCAACCACGAACUUUAUGUGAACAACGUUACCAUUGAUGUCGUCAACAACUACAUCGACCACUGGAAGGGUCGUUACCUCGCUGCUAAUGUUUACUUCAAGGAUCUCCACACCAACAAGACUGUUCCCAUUGCUGACAAGUACACCUACUUCAAGGGCAAGUACGGCACUCGCGUUCUCGCUCUCGGUUUCCUCUUCAACUUCCACGGUAACGAUGACUUGUCUGUCGUUAAGCCUAUUGUUGAGGAAGUCAAGGAACCCUGGUUCAAGAAGGCCAUGACUUCUCACAAGCCUGAUAUCAUUGUCCUCUUUGGUCACGUCGGUCUCCGCUUCCAGGAAAUGCAAGAUGCUCUUGCCGCUGUCCGUCAAUAUUACCCCUACCUUCCCGUCGCUAUCAUGGGUGGCCAUACCCAUAUUCGUGACUUUGCUGUCUACGAUCGCUGGGCCGCUGGUGUCCAGGGUGGUCGCUACUUGGAAUCCGUUGCUUGGAUGUCCCUUGAUGGUGUCAAAGAAUCCACCAAGUAUGUGAAGAAGCACGGUUACAACGGCCCUACUCCUUCUUCCAACAUCACCUUCCACCGCCGUUACCUCGACCAGAACCGCAAGACCUACAUUUUCCACACCACCAAGACUGCCAAGAAGUUCGAUACCAAGGAGGGCAAGUCCAUCAGCAAGCGUGUCACCAAGUUGCGCCACAAGUUGGACCUCGCUGAACCCUAUGGCUGCGCUCCUCAGGAUUACUACGUCACCGCCGCUCCCGUCAACAGCACCGACAGCAUCUACGAUUUGGUCACCAACGGUAUCAUGGCUCACACCGUCGUUGAUUCUUCUCGCAAGAACCCUGCUUUCUAUCUUAUCAACACUGGUGGUAUCCGUUACGAUGUCUACAAGGGUCCUUUCACUCUUGACAACAUGUACCAGGUUUCUCCCUUCGGUGACAACUUCUACUACUUGGCCGAUGUUCCACACAGCGCUGCUAAGCAGAUGUUGGAUAUCAUCAACGAGCAAGGUGAAUUGAAGAAGCGUGAUAACACUCACAUCCCCAACCCUUACUUCAAGGCUCCUGUCUUUGCUGGUUCCCGCUUGCCCGAGAACGCCACCGAUGAUACUCUCAUUGAUGUCGUCUUUGUCGAAUUCAUGAACAAGCAGAUGGAACUUGUCGCUUACUCCUUGACCAACAAGAACUUCACCGCUCAGCUCUACGGUUCCAAGGAACGCGGUCCACAGACGCCCUACACUGCUCUGCGUAAUACGGCCAAGCAAUCAGCCAAGACGAAACAAUCGACAACAGGCGUACGAUUGUCAUUGGCAGCCUUGGGGCUGUUGCUCGCCAUCAUUGUCUAUAUCAUUCCUGACUCCAAGCUCUUUUCACUGUUCCAUUCCCCUUCUUCCAACAGCGUGUCCUGCAGUAAAUAUGCAUUGAUGAUCGAUGCCGGGUCCACUGGUUCGCGUAUUCAUGUCUAUCGAUUCCAUCAGUGUGCGGCGGGUGAUCAUAUCGAACUGGAAGAUGAAGAAUUAUUUGAGCAGACCAUUCCGGGGUUAUCUGCCUAUGCAGAUAGUCCACAAAAGGCGGCGGAAUCACUCGAUGUGCUUCUUCAAGCCGCCGUCAAGGUGGUGCCACAGGUGUUGCAACGCAAGACCCCCAUCGCUGUCAAGGCGACAGCAGGCUUAAGAUUGCUCGGUGACGAAAAAAGCGAUAAUAUCCUGCAAGCCGUCAAUGCCCACUUGAAAAAACGAUACCCUUUUCCCAUCGCCGAUGAUGGCGUCUCUAUCAUGGAUGGUCGUGAUGAAGGUGUUUACGCAUGGGUGACGGUCAACUUUUUGCUCGGCAAAUUACGUGCCACUUCCGAGACUCGUCCCUCCACGGCCGCCGUGUUCGAUCUUGGUGGUGGAUCGACUCAAAUCGUGUUUGAACCCGAUACCCUGGAAAGUGGAGAAUUAUUGGACAUGCCAGAGGGAGAUCACAAAUACGUAUUAACCUACGGAAAAAGAGAUUACCUGCUGUAUCAGCAUUCCUAUCUCGGCUAUGGUCUGAUGGAAGCCCGAAAACGAAUGCACAAAAAAAUUAUUCAAGUUGGUCAAAACGCUUCCGUGAUGAUCAACCCAUGCCUGCCCCCGGAAUUCAGUUGGCCCUUUGAAAAGUAUCAACAACCAGAAGACCCUUCGGUCUCAUUUACGGCGGGGGGAUCUUACAGUGAUUGUACAUCCAUUGUGGACGAUUUGCUGAACAAGGAAGCCAUGUGUCUUGCCCCUCCCUGUUCCUUUGACGGCAUCCAUCAACCUCCCAUCUCGGAAGCUUUCCGUGAAGGCCCCAUUUACAUCUUUUCGUACUUUUACGAUCGCACUCAGCCGCUCGGUCUGCCCGCCAAUUUCCGCUUGCCGGAGCUUGCCAAGCUCACCGACAAAGUCUGCUCGGGCGAAUUCCUCGCCGGUGUGAAAGAUCCUGCCCUGAAAGCCGAAAUGCUCGAUCGUCCAGAGUGGUGUCUGGAUUUAUCAUACAUUUACGGUCUUUUAGCUCACGGUUACGAGAUUCCCGAUGAUCGCAUGAUCAGUAUUGCUAAGAAAAUCAAUGGCGUUGAAACCGGAUGGUGCCUUGGAGCGGCCAUUGCCAUGCUUGACGAAAACUCACUUCAUGAGUAGAAAAAAAAUGGUCUUUUCGGCUCUCAUUGAUCUGCCAGCCGACUAUCGUGCCUAUUCCCUGCAUACCUGCAUUAUCACUUACUGUCCAUAUUCGCACACGUGUUGUUCAAUUAUCACCUCCCUUUUUUUAGACAAUAAUCCAAGAGC